AUGGAUGUCCAACCAGACUCCUCCUUUGCUGCAAUCGAGUCGACCUAUAUCCAAGGAGGAGCCUCGGCCUCUGUGAAUUUUGCGACGAACGAAUAUGGUCAAAUCGGGUACAAUCAUAGCAACACAACCGCGCAGAGCCUGACCUAUCUGAAGUUCGAUUUUACUAGCUAUUCCCUAGACCAGAUCGAUGCCGCCAAGAUUCGAAUCUACGUUCCUACUGCGGCUAGCAACAGCACCGCAUUCUUCGCAAACCUUUACGGCAUUUCCAACCACAGUUGGUCCGCAGAUACAUUGACUUGGAACAACGCUCCUAACCAUAAUGGUAUCAAUGUCACUGGAGAUAGUGACUAUUGGCUUGCAUCCUCCAGCCCAGCAUGGGACACAGUCUUAGCUGUGUCAUACUACGACUUUGACGCCUCCGACUACAUAAUCAACCACUGCGCCAGCAAGAUUGCCAGCUUCAUCCUCCAACCUCAGGUCAACCAAACGUCCUUGACAAAUGGCGCCUCUGUUGCAGGGACAUUAAGCUCUGAACCUCCUACACUGUGGCUCUCAAGCAAAGCAGCUGGAACUACUCCUACGUUGACACACUGUUAG